UCACAAUAGCGGAUGACAAUGUCGAUGAGAUCGAAACACUGGAUAAUCAUAACAACAAGAUCGAAACAACAGAUAACCAUGCAGAUGGGAUCGAAAUAGUAGAUGACCAUGAAGAUAUGUUAGAAGACGAUGAAAGCCUUGAAUUUGAUUUCGAUUCAGUUGUUAAGAGUUUGCAACAAGAACCAAUAAAUGAAAAUUUACCUGAUCUUGCACCACAAAGGACUUCCGAGGAUGAACAUUGCCGUAUAUUUCUGAAUCCUUACAUAAGUCCGAUUUUUCUGAAGAAAAACAAUAAUUACGAAGUGCAAUUAAAUCGAGCCGUCAAGGGCACAAAACAAAGACCUGACCUUUCAUGCGUCGUGGAUAAUGUAGCUUUAUUAAAUUCUGAAAUUAAGCCAAUGGGGAGCCGUCCUUUAAACAAGAAAAAGGAUUUUUCAAAAGUUCAUUUACGGGCAAGAAAGACAAUCAAUCAGCAAUUGACCUCGAAAGGUGGCCCAGGAGAAACAGCAAUGCUCCUCAAUCAUGGUUUGUUUUUUUAUACGGAACAGUCAAAUUGUUAUCUUUAUUUACUAAAUCAUUUGUCGGAAAUUACAGGUGAUAUUGUACAAACGUAUUUUAUGGACCUCGAAUUUGAUGGGCUAUAUCGGUCUUGGCCUUUUCUCACAACAAAAUUGGCAAUUGAUGAACCCAGUUUGCCUUUGAUCGAAUCAAACUUUGCUCAUUUUGUGGCCUUAGAG